AUGGAACCAAAGAACAAUACAGAAAUUUCAGAAUUUCUUCUUCUGGGAUUUUCCGAGAAACCAGAAUUGCAGUCCCUCAUAUUUGGGCUUUUCCUCUCCAUGUACCUGAUCACUGUGAUUGGAAACCUGCUCAUCAUCCUGGCCACCAUCUCAGAUUCCCACCUGCACACCCCCAUGUACUUCUUCCUCUCUAACCUGUCCUUUGUAGACGUCUGUUUCACCUCCAGCACCAUCCCAAAGAUGCUGGUGAACAUCCAGACACAGAGCAAAGUCAUCACUUAUGCAGGCUGCAUCACCCAGAUGAACUUUUUCAACCUCUUUGUUAUGUUGGACAACUUCCUCCUGACAGUGAUGGCCUAUGACCGGUAUGUGGCCAUCUGUCACCCCCUGCACUACAUGGUCAUCAUGAACCCCUGGCUCUGUGGGAACCUGGUUCUGGCAUCCUGGACAAUGGGUAUCCUGUAUUUUUUGCUACAAAGUUUCAUGGCAUUGCGGCUGUCUUUCUGUACACAUGUGGAAAUCCCCCACUUUUUCUGUGAGCUUAAUCAGGUGAUCCACCUGGCGUGUUCUGACACUUUUCUUCAUUAUCUGGUAAUGUACUUGGUACUUGUACUGCUGGUUGGUGGUCCGCUCACUGGGAUUCUUUAUUCUUACUAUAAGAUAGUUUCCUCCAUUCGUGCAAUCUCAUCAGCUCAGGGGAAGUACAAAGCAUUUUCCAACUGUGCUUCUCACCUCUCAGUUGUCUCCUUAUUUUAUUGCACGGGGCUAGGUGUGUACUUUAGUAAUGCUGCAACCCACAGCUCACACUCAAGUGCAGCAGCCUCGGUAAUGUACACCGUAGUCACCCCCAUGCUGAACCCCUUCAUCUACAGUCUGAGGAAUAAAGAUACAAAGAGAGCUCUGAGAAGAUUAUUUGGAAGAAAGUUAUGA